UGUAAUAUGUAACGUCUCCCCCUAAGUCUGCCUUUUCUAAAUAGACGAAGCUCUUUGAUUAAGGCUUAAAUAAUAAAUGUUUUGUUUAUUUUAUAUUCUUGACCUUUCUCUAGUCGUUGUCUGUGGACGAAGGGGUGAAGAGCCGCUGGCGGCUGGCGUCUUUUAUUUCGUAAAUUUUAAAAAAAUAUUUGUAUUUCUAGUUGUGUCAAUUUAACUGAAACAAUGUUAAAAUAGAACGUUUCACUGUAUGAUAUAGUGCAUUAUGGCGUUAAUUAAAAGUAACGGGCCUAUUGUGGACCCAGCGCUCUGCCGAUGCUGCAGAGCUAUCAAAAAAUGCAGAAUUCUUACUGCCGAGUAUACUUGGAUGGAAAAGAAGGAAAUUUAUGCAGAUAUGGUCAUGGAUUGCUUUGGUAUUGUGCUCUCUCACGUUGAUGGCGAAGACAAAGAUUCUGGAGUGUGCGCUACCUGUGUUGUUCGCUUGCGUGAUGCAUGCGCUUUCAGGCAACAAGUGCUACAAUGUGAAGAGCUGUUUCUUAGUGCUAAGCUUGAAGAUAAAGAUGAAACAAAGAAGCUGGCUGACAUGGUUGAGUUUGAAUUAAAAACGGAGCCUAAAGAUGAUGGCAGUGACCACAACGAGGAGGAUGUUAUACGAAUGGAUCCACAAGUGUUGGUAGAACUGCCUUUAGAAGAUACAAAGCAACCGAAGGAGGAAAUAAUGAAAGCUAAAGAUGAAAUAGCUAAGAUUAACGAUUCAGUUAAUGAUGACGAUUUUAAUGAUGAGGAUUAUAAUGAUAUUGAUAAUUGUUCGGACUCGUCGUCGAAUUCGGAUAAACCGAUCAAGAGGAGGAAAGAGAAGAAGCCUAAGAGCGGGAUAAAGAAGAAGAUUCAGAAGAAAGUUAAAACGAAGAAGAAAGACUCGAAGAAACUGAAGGAAUUGAAGAAACCGCCGGUGGAAAAGAAGAACAAUCACGACAGAGACAUGGACUGCAUGUCAGAAGAGAACUUACUCACGAUAAUACAGUAUUCCUUCGUGUGUCCCUUUAAGAAUCGUCGCAAUAACUAUUACUGCUUCUAUUGCAAGGAUUAUUACCCGAAGCCUGAAGAUCUAAGAGAUCACACGGUGUCCCAUGACACAAAACCGUUCCAGCUCCUAAUGGGAUACAAGAAGAUGCCGAAAAUUGAUAUAACAAGAAUUGACUGUCGUCUGUGCCCAGCAAAAAUCAAUGAUUUAGAGACAUUCAAGCGACACAUCGAUCAAGAUCAUGGAAAGAAGAUUUACUUUGAGGCUCCGGACAAGAUGCUCCUGUACAGGUUGACAUGGAACGAUCUAGUGUGUGUUAUGUGUAGUGAUGUGUUUGAGGACUUCAAUACUUUGAACACUCAUAUGGUGGAACAUUUCAGCAACUUCACAUGCGACAUUUGUGGUAUGUGCUUCCUUGAGAAGGCAAGACUGGACGCUCACUUGAAAAGACACAAGGAUGAUGAACGGCAUACGUGUGAAAUAUGUGGUAAAGUGUUCAAGUCCAACCAUUAUAAGGAUAUGCAUGUGGACAUAGUUCAUAAGAAGAUAGCAAUUAUCAGGUGCCCUAGGUGCGACGAGUGUUUCAUGUCAUAUGCCUUGAAGAACAAACAUUUGACAGAAGCACACGGGCAGAAGAGAACAUAUCCAUGCAAUCUGUGUGAUAAAGUCUAUAACCGACAGAAGACACUGACAGAACAUCAGAGAAGAAAUCACCAGAAAGUUCUGAAACACCAGUGUGAGUACUGUGACCAGAGGUUUUACCUCCCAUCGAGGUUAAAAGAACACAUGGCAACUCAUACAGGAGAGAGGAAUUUCAGAUGUGAAUACUGUGAUAAAAGUUAUCCGAGGCUGAAGAGCCUCCAAUAUCAUAUAAGGACACAUACAAAUGAUAGAAGAUUUAGAUGCCAUAUUUGUGGACAGGCAUUCAUACAGAAUGCAAGUUUGAAGUCACAUAUCAAGAGUCAUCAUCCGGAGUGUGAUGUCGAGGGAUGUUAUUUUUAACGUAAGUUUUGAUUUAACUUCAUUUUGUGUUCACUGUAUAAUAGUUAAAUUAAGUAAUAUAGAUUGGCCGUGUUGAGGUAGAUUCGAACUAGCGAUCGGUUACUUUGGGUUUGAUAUAUAGGCCAUAUUUCCAAAGCAAUUUGCUAUGCAUAUUAUAUGGUUUUUAAAUGAGAUCUUUGGCAUCCAAGAGAUUAUUUUCCACCCCAGGUCUUGCGCAAUCGUCAUAGAAAGACUUGCGCAAUCGUCUCUAUGUCGAAAACAUGAAAUUCUGUUUUUUUAAGCAAAACUCUUAUCAGUGGUUAUUUCUAUUAUAAACAGUUUUUUUUUAUCACCACAUUAUUAUUCUACAUUAACAGUUACAUAUAGAACGUCAAAAUUACAAACCUACAUAAAAAACAUUUUAAAAAAUACAAUAUAACCCGUUUAAUACGAUUUCUCGCAUAAUACGCCACUUUACGCCAGUCUCUGCAACUUCAGACAUAUUUCUUAACGCUUGAACCCUGACGUGUUGAAAGAGACCGUGUGUCGGGUUUUUCUGGUUAUUCUUCCAAUGAUGACAAUGUAGCACCAUACGAAAUUCAAUCACAAAACGACGCUCUAAGUGAUAAUGAUGAAGACGAAGAUGAGUCAACUCCGGUUUUGUCAAACGCCCAACCAUUAUCAGCUGUUAAUGAUUUUAAGAUGCUAUGUAGCUUAUUUGGAUCAAAGCGAAAACAAGCACAGCAAAAGCUGAAUUAUAUUGAAAACCUUUUAAUUGCUAAUGCAUCAAAAUCUUUCUAUCAAACCAAAAUAAGUCAUUAUUUCAAAUAAUGUAAUUAUAAUUAC